CAUUUUUUUAUUUUCAGAAUCGAUUGGAGUGACCGAAAAUUCCUCGACGAAUCAGCGUACAAUCCUGUUGAAAGCAAUGGCCAUUCACCAAGGUUAGUUCUGAGCUCGUGGAGUGAAUGUUCGACGACAUGUGGUCCGGGAGUGCAAACUCGUUCAGCAGAAUGCAUGGCUGCACAUCCUAUCGCGGGAAUGAUUCGCUUACCGUAUUCCGAGUGUCAAUCCCAGUCACAGCCGUCACUUUUCGAACCAUGUGAAGCUCGUCCAUGUCCGCUUCAAGAAGACUCGAAAACCAACCACGAGAAGUUCCAUUCAAAUGGCGGAAAACGGAGAGUGGGACCAUGCUCGCAGCCAGUUGUCUGGGCGGAAAGCAAAAAGCUGCCCUUGCUAUGUCGAGAAUCAGCCACCGGUCGCGCUGUGCCAUGGUCUCAAUGCGACGCCAGAACUCGCCCACCACAACUCGUCCGUCAAUGCAAUCAACACGCUUGUCCACCACUUUGGCAGGUUGGCGGUUUUGGUGCUUGUUCAGUUUCUUGUGGAGGCGGCACGAGUACUCGUACGGUGAAAUGUGUUCGUCCAGUGAGCCGUAGUGGAGGUGAGUACUUUACGCUUCACUGCAGCAAAAUCCUAAAGAAUUCAGUGGAGAAGACCAAAGAGAUAUUGCGAGGCUAUUGUUGA